AUGGUCAACAUUCCCAAGACCCGUAACACCUACUGUAAGGGUUCCAAGUGUAGAAAGCACACUCCUCACAAAGUCACCCAAUACAAGGCUGGUAAGGCCUCUCUCUUCGCCCAAGGUAAGAGACGUUAUGACCGUAAGCAAUCUGGUUAUGGUGGUCAAACCAAGCCCGUUUUCCACAAGAAGGCCAAGACUACCAAAAAGAUCGUCCUCCGUCUCGAAUGUACCUCUUGCAAGUACAAGAUGCAACUCGCCAUCAAGAGAUGUAAGCACUUUGAAUUGGGUGGUGACAAGAAGACUAAGGGUGCUGCCCUUGUUUUCUAAACAAGCCUGAUUUAUUUGCGAAAUAAACAACCUAUUCAUGCUGUCAAAUGGAAACAUUUAAAUUGUG